AUGUACGCGCAUCACCAGUGCCAUCCGAACCAGCAGGAGCAGUCGUGGAUGCACCAGCAGCCCGGCCACCAGCAGCACCAGGCCCAGCAGGCCGCCGCUGCCGCCGCCGCCCAGCAGCAGCACUACUCGCGCAUGGCUGCCAAUGCCCACAACCCCUCCGUAAACAAUGCCGCCGCCAUGGCCUCGGCCGCGGGCGCCGGCGCAGGCGGCGGCGGACCCAGGCCUCGAAACGUCUCCGAGGACAACCGCCGCACCCUCAACUACAUUGCCGACCUCCUGCGCGAGGACAUGCGCGAGGCUGCCCUCCUCGAGCUCAGCAAGAAGCGCGAGCAGGUCCCUGAGCUUGCCCUCAUUCUCUGGCACUCAUUCGGCGUCAUGACCUCCCUCAUGCAGGAGAUCAUCUCCGUCUACAACCUCCUCAACCCCAGCCAGCUCACGGCCGCCGCUUCCAACCGCGUCUGCAACGUCCUCGCCCUCCUCCAGUGUGUCGCCAGCCACAACGAGACCCGGACUCUCUUCCUCAAUGCUCACAUCCCACUCUUCUUGUAUCCUUUCUUGAACACGACAUCAAAGUCGCGGCCCUUCGAGUGUCUGCGUCUCACAUCACUCGGAGUCAUCGGUGCCCUCGUUAAGAACGACUCAACAGAGGUCAUCAACUUCCUCCUCACCACCGAGAUCAUCCCCCUCUGCCUCCGCAUCACGGAAACAGGCUCCGAGCUUAGCAAGACCGUCGCUAUCUUCAUUGUCCAGAAGAUCCUCCCUGGACGACAAUGGUCUCAACUACAUAUGCGCGACCUCGUCGAGCAGCAGACGGCCCGCCUCCUCAAGCACGUUGUGCGUUGCUUCCUGCGUCUUAGCGACAACGCCCGAGCUCGUGAGGCUUUGCGCCAGUGCCUGCCCGAGCCGCUCCGCGACGCCACCUUCAGCGCUGUGCUGCGCGACGACGCGGCUACCAAGCGCUGUCUCGCCCAGCUGCUCAUCAACCUCUCCGACACCGUCAUCGACCCGGGCUCCAGCGGCCACUCUGGCCUCUGA